AUGUGGAGGGGACUGUCCCAGAUAUCUAUUCCUGUCGUGCUGGUGGAGCUGUGGUUGGUGCUGGCCGUUCACACGCGGCCACUUUCCGACGCAGGACCACACGUAAGCUGGGGGGGGUCUAUCAGAAUCAUGUGCCUGCAUACGGCCAGAAAGCAGGGCUGCUAUUAUCUGAGGAUACACGACGAUGGCAGAGUAGACGCAGAAAAUUGCAGAGCAGAUGGAGAAAGAUGCAGAAUAGAUGGAGAAAGGCACGCAGUAGAUGGAGAAAGAUGCAGAGAAGAUGGAGAAAGGCGCAGAGUAGAUGGAGAGAGACACCAAAGAUCUGACAGUUUACUUGAAAUCAGAGCUGUUGCAGUAGGUGUCGUGGCCAUUAAAAGUUAUUACUCAUCUCUGUAUCUGUGUAUGGGGAGCGAGGGCACGCUCUACGGGACGGAUUUCUAUUCUCCCGAAGAAUGUUCUUUCAAAGAGGAACUUCUUCCUAAUGGACAUAAUCUGUAUAAAUCUCAGCAGUAUGGGAUGGUAGUCUCUCUCAGCAAAGACAAGCAAAGGCUGCAUUCAAAAGGAAAAGUACAUCCGCCGCUGUCCCACUUCUUACCUAUAAAACCCUGUCCACCAUUAGACCGCAACCAUUCUCAGGAGGAUGAAGAUGAUGAGUUUCAAUAUGACGACAAAAAGAAUUCUCCGGAUGUCAAGAGCAUGGACCCCUUCGGACUCAUAGACUAUCAGAGUUUUCACAAAAAGUAG